AUGUGGGGAGCCUCAAUCUUGUCAUUAGCUGCCUUGGCUACUCUGCCAUGCGCCAAUGCUAUUACUCUACACAAGCGCGACGAUCCCGCGGUCUUUGCGCUCCCAAUUGCUCGCAGUGAACGGUCCCAAGCUUUACAGAAGCGCAGUUCUAAAGUUGCCAGCACGGCAUUAUACAAUGUGGUAGCAAAACAUGUAUUACAUGGUGAACAUCACCAUCGGCACCCCCCUCAAAAUCUCUCCCUCAGUCUCGAUACCGGCAGCAGUGACAUCUGGGUCAACGUCCCAAACUCCACCUACUGUGCAGCUAAAGAUGACCCUUGCUCCUCGACUGGCUUGUUCAACAUAAAGGACUCGUCGACCUUCAAAUUGCUCGAUUAUGAUAUGAACGCUACCUAUGUCGGUGCGUUUUUGGCUGCAGGCCCCUACGCCACCGACACGCUGGUUAUUGGAGGUGCCACGGUGAAGAAUAUGGAGUUUGCGGUGGCUGAAGAAAGCGACAAUCCUCAUGGUAUUCUAGGAAUCGGAUAUGCUAUUAGUACUGAUGCCGCCAGCGAAGGACAUAACUACCCUAACCUCCCAGAAGCACUGGUCAGUAGCGGUGCUAUCAAGUCAGCCGCCUAUAGCCUGUGGUUGAACAAGUUUGAUGGUACUGGAAACCUUCUCUUUGGAGGUGUCAACAAGGCGAGAUAUCAAGGCGAGCUGCAAACCGUCCCCGUUCUGCCGCUAUAUGGCAAGUACUAUUCUCUGGCCAUCGCCUUGACAGACAUCUCUGUGAAGAGCUCCAGUGGUACCAAGAGUUAUACGACGGGUCUUCCCUUAUCCGUCAGCUUGGAUAAUGGGAGCCCUUUCAUUGCACUGCCCCAGGAAAUCGUGGAUCCCAUCUUCAAGGAAGUUGGCGCCGGAUACUCCUCGAGCGAUGGUGCCGCCUAUAUCCCUUGCACCAAGUCCACGGCCGAUUAUAAUGUGACAUUCAGCUUCUCCGGCGCUACAGUCACAAUUCCCAUCAGUGAACUGGUGUUUGAAAACUACGCCGAGCCCGGUUUCCCCGAUGGCGACUGCAUCUUCGGGAUUUCAUACAGCCAACCCGGAGUGAAUCUGAUGGGCGACUCGUUCUUGCGUAGCGCAUAUGUGGUCUACGAUCUCGCCAAUAACGAGAUUUCGCUCGCCAACACCAAUUACGACGGUGGUGAUGAUGAUAUUCUCGAGAUUGGCACUGGAACGGCUGCGGUCCCGGGUGCGACGUUGAUGCCCUCUGCUGUCACUUCGGCGACGGGUAAUGGAGCCAGUGCAACCGCCGGAUCCGAGUCGCAUGGAACUACAAUCUACGCCGCCACUGGCAGUACGACUGGAACGGCCAGCAACGGUGCUGCUACUAGUACCUCCUCCUCCAAGGGACUGGCAGCGUUGCCCACCAACAAUCCUAACCAUCUGCUGCCUGGUAUCUUGGGUGCUGGCUUGCUUCUGGCACUGUAG